AUGAGCGGUCACUUCAAUGGCGGCCCUGCUGGCUCCGCCACACCUAGCGACGACGAGGAGUCAUUCGUAUAUACUAGCAUUCGAUAUGAUACACGCCUUCUGAAAUCGGAUAAGAAUACCGCUGCAUCUUGCGGUAUGCCUUGUCCGUUCUACAUGUUGGAACACCAUUGGACAAGACUGCAAAUUGCCAAAUGGAGCACAUUCUGCUUUGCGGACGAUAGACCAAGAUCCAACUCCCGCGGUCCAUCAGUGCUCUACAGUACUUUGCUCAAGGCUGUCAAGCAGUGGCACGAGAAACAUCCCGGCGAAACUCCCGAAUCUCUUCGAAUCAAGGUCCGGGCGUACGUCGGAGGUCGUGUACGCACCGAAAUCUAUUUCCCACUUAGAUCCAUUCCCAUGGAGCAGCUUUUUCCUUCGACGCUCGGCUCACCGACACAGCCUUGGGUCGCUCUCGAAUGGACCAUCGUGCUGGACUCUCAGGCCACGGAGCCGUCUGAAGGCACGAUGUUCAAGACAAAUGAUCGCUCAGCUUACGGCCGUGCGAGGGCGGCUGCAGAGAUCCUCACUUACCAGAUACCGAAGGAGGUCCUGCUUUUCUCAAGCGACGGAAACAUCCUCGAUGGGUCCAUAUGCACGCCAUACUGUUAUCGAAACGGUGCCUGGGUCACUCCGGAUGCGAGUGCUGGAGGUUUGCAGGGCACUACAAGACGUUGGGCUCUAGAACAGGGUCUCGCUGUUGAGGGAAAGAUCGCGGUCGAUAGCUUCCGAGAUGGCGAGAUCGUAUGGCUCAGUAAUGCGGUCAGAGGCUAUUUUCCAGCAAGAUUCGAACAUCGCGCCAGCGCAGCAAAGGUAUCCGGCGACGUUCAGCAGCAGCCUGCUUCGUGA